AUGCGCUGGUGUUCGCUAUAUGUUUUGCCGAUUGCUGCUUCAGCAGCUGCCGUCGCAAAUGCAGCCAAUACCACGGUCACUUCCAUGCCAUCCGUUACUUUGGAUUAUUCGACCAUUGUUGCCACCGCUGGUAGUGAAUCGAUUGGAUAUUAUAAGUACCAAAACAUUCGUUAUGCUGCUGUCCCAACUGGAGAUCUUCGUUUUGCAAAACCACAAUGGCCCCCAGUCGAGACCAUUGUGAACGACGGUACUUUGGCUCCAGAAAACGUUGACUGCGCAACUUACGAGGACUGUCUGUACCUUGAUGUCUGGGCACCUGCUAAUAGUGCCAAUAAGAGCCUGCCCGUUGUUGUAUGGACACAUGGAGGUAGAUUCGUCCUUGGAAGCAAGACAGCGGUCACUCCUGAAGCUCUCUUCGCCUUGAGUAAAGAUUUCAUCUUCGUUGCCUAUAACUAUAGGCUCGGAAUGACAGGUCUAGCUACCGGUCCGACCCUUAACCACGAAGGCGGAACCUCGAAUGCUUUAGUUUGGGAUUCUGCGCAUGCUUUCGAUUGGGUCAAAAAGUAUAUUAGCCAAUGGGGUGGUAAUCCAGAAGAAAUAGUGGCCGUUGGAUUCUCAGCCGGUGCUUCUCAGGAACUCUUUCAGAUCACGAAAUUUGCUGGUCGUGCUGAACAGACUUUUGCUCGUGCAUACCUUAUGUCCCCAGGCUAUAUACCCGCAGCUGGUCAUCAGAAUGCUGAGGCUUUUUACCAAAACGUAUCCAGCUCUGUUGGGUGCUCGGGUGGUAGCUUGAAAUGCUUGCGCUCUGUUAACUUCACAACCCUUCAAACAGCCGCUACCAACAUGGUAGCUAAUUACACAUAUCAAUUCCAACCUCGUGUAGAUGGAGACUUUAUUUCCGAUACAUACGAAUCUCAGCUCUAUCAAAAACGCUUCAACUUCACUGGUCCUCUAGUAAUAACUCACGAGCUUCACGAAGUCAACAAUAAAUUACCUGCAGGUGUCAAUACCAGCUCUGAUAUCGCUCCCCAUCUCCGACUAUACUUUCCUUCUAUUACAGAUGACAUCGUCAAUGAAAUCCAGGAUCUUUACCCCUCAACGGACUAUACAAGUGAAGGACUUCGUUUUGCAGAUAUAGACCAAGACUUCGAGCUUGUGGCCCACAACCACGCUCUAACUGAAGCGCUUAACAACCAAACCUGGAAUGCUAUGGUAGCGCUUGGUGUUGCUACUCACGGCAUGGAUCAAAAUUAUUAUUGGUACAGUAACUUCACUCUUGUUGAAACAAAUACCACCACCACUACAACUACAACUGCAGCGGGUGCCGGUAUUGUUACCACUACAGACAUUGAUUUCAGCGUUGCGCUUAAGAUGCAAAAAUAUUUGGUGUCGUUCAUCCUGACCGGGGAUCCAAAUAAGAUGUGGCCGGAGGAUAAACUAUAUUGGCCAUUACAUGGAGGAAACGCAUCUUUGCCUGGUCAAGAGUUGGUUUUCAAUGAUACGAUGUAUAUUCAAGAUGAUAUCUUGGCCAACGAAAAGAGUGUGUUCUGGAAUAAGGCACUUUGGUAUUAA